AUGCCCGGCGGGCGUGCACCUCUGCCGCGCGGAGGCGCACAGCCGCAACAGUCGCAGCCGCAGUCGGCUGCGGCGCGGGCGGUACGCAGCGCACUCAAGGCGGGCGCGACACAGCAGGAGGCAGAACGCGUGGGGAAGCUGUUCUGUGUUGUCUGUGCGAGUAACAAUAAUCGCUCGAUGGAAGCGCACAACGUUCUCGCACAUGCUGGGCUGCGAGUCACAUCUGCGGGCACGGGCUCGGCUGUGCGGUUACCAGGUCCGAGCAUCGAUAAGCCCAACAUCUACACGUUCGGCACGCCGUACGACACGAUGUAUCGCGAUCUGGAAAGCAAGGAUGCGCGGCUAUACGCUGCGAAUGGCCUCCUGCCGAUGCUGGACCGGAACCGCCGCGUCAAGCUGGCGCCGGAGAAGUGGCACGAGACGCGGGCUGAGCCGGACAUCGUCAUCACCUGCGAGGAGCGCUGCUUCGACUCUGUCUGCGAAGAUCUGCUCGCACGCAACGGCGAGAUGAACCGCAGCGUGCACGUCAUCAACGUUGAGAUCAAGGAUAACCACGAGGAGGCGCUCAUCGCCGGCCGGGCGAUCCUCGAGCUGGCGCGAGCAAUCGAGCAGGCCGACAAUCUCGACGACGACAUUGGCGGCAUCCUCGAGAUGCAUCAGCGCAAGCAUCCGCAUGCUCUGCUGCACACUGUCAGCUUCUACUAG